UCAGUCCACUUGGAAAAAAAAAAUAAUCAUUAGUUAUGGCAUCUUCAAACUAUAUUAUGGUUUCAUUUUUCAUGGUUGUAUUGUGGAGCUGUUGUUGUGUUCUUUCUGAUAAUACAACUACAACCCCUGAAAAGUUCUACCAAUGUAUUUGCAACAAUUCUGAUUUCUCUGACCCUUUUCCUACAGCUUUCUUCACCCCAAAUGAUGAUACUUUUAACAGAAUCUUGAAUUCUACUGCUCAAAAUCUGAGGUGUUUGGUGCCAUCAGUUCCUAAACCUGAGCUGAUUUUCACUCCAAUGACAGAACCCCAUGUCCAAGCAGCUGUCAUAUGUGCAAAACAGCUUGAUAUUCAGCUUAGAGUUAGGAGUGGAGGACAUGACUAUGAGGGGAUCUCUUACAUUUCUGAUAUGGGGUCUCCUUUUGUUGUCGUCGAUCUCUCUAAGCUUCGAGGGAUCAACGUGGACGUGGAGGAGAAUACAGCUUGGGCUCAGGCUGGUGCAACUGUUGGUGAAGUCUAUUAUAGGAUUUCGGAGAAAAGCAAGACACUUGGAUUCCCUGCUGGACUUUGUACUAGUUUGGGAGUUGGUGGUCAUAUAACGGGUGGUGCUUAUGGUUCCAUGAUGAGGAAAUUCGGGCUUGGGGUUGACAAUGUGAUCGAUGCUCGUAUAGCUAAUGCAAAUGGCACGAUACUCGAUAGGAAAUCAAUGGGGGAAGACCUGUUUUGGGCUAUUCGAGGAGGUGGAGGAGCUAGUUUCGGGAUCAUACUUUCUUGGAAGAUGAAGUUAGUCACUGUUCCAUCGACUGUCACUUGUUUCACUGUAGCGAAAACACUGGAAGAGGGUGCGACAAAGAUUUUGUACAAGUGGCAACAAGUUGCUGACAAAAUUGAUGAUGGUCUCUUCAUGAGAGUAAUCAUAAAUGUAGUGGACAAAAAAGAGGUAAAGGGGGAAAGGACUGUUCAAACAGCUUAUAACUCUGUGUUUCUUGGAAGUGCCGACACACUUUUACAAAUAAUGAAUGAGAGUUUCCCUGAAUUGGGAUUGACACAAAAAGAUUGUACAGAAAUGAGUUGGAUUGAGUCAAUUCUGUACAUUGCAGGUUACCCAACAAACACCCCACCUGAAGUACUCCUCCAAGGGAAAUCACAAUUCAAGAACUACUUCAAAGCAAAAUCAGAUUUUGUAAGACAGCCAAUACCAGAAACUGGACUUGAAGGACUAUGGAAGAGGCUAUUGGAUGAAGACUCACCACUGAUGAUAUGGAAUCCCUAUGGAGGAAUGAUGGCUAACAUAUCAGAAUCAGAAACUCCUUUCCCACACAGGAAAGGUGUCAUUUUCAAGAUUCAGUAUUUAACUCUCUGGAGCCAACCUGAUCAAGAAUUGGCCACGAAACACGUCGAUUGGAUCAGGAAGCUCUACAAUUACAUGACUUCUUAUGCUUCUAUGUUCCCAAGAGAAGCCUAUGUGAAUUACAGAGAUCUUGAUUUAGGAAUGAACAAGAAUGUGAAUAGUAGUUCCAGUUUUGCACAAGCUAGUGUGUGGGGAAACAAGUAUUUCAAGAACAAUUUUAACAGGUUGGUGCAAAUAAAGACUAAGGUGGAUCCAGAAAAUUUCUUCAGACAUGAACAAAGCAUACCAGUUCUUCCUCCUACUUUUACUAGAAAGAGAAAAGGGAAGAGAAGUAACCAUUAAAGAGAUGUAAAAGCAAUAUAUUUGACCAAUAGUAAUAGUAUGCUUUUUAGCCUCAGUGUUAUACUUGAUGCUUUUUAAUGUGGUGUUAUGUAUGUUUUUGCCAAGAUCAUAUAGUAUUGUAAUUUCAUCUAGUGUUUAAGGGACUGGUCUAA